ACUCAACAAAGAGUUGUUUGUUGAACCGCAAAUGAAUAAUUCGAAAACACAAAAAAUUUUGUUCGUUAUCUUGAAAAGCAAAUGCAAUUCGCAACGACAAUACGGAGACCUCAAUCUCUGGAAAUAUUCAAACCCAAUCAUCGUAUUUAUUGCUUUAGCGCUUCUUCAUCAUCCUCUCGUUUACAUAGUGCACGCAAUGUGUUCGACAAAAGUCCUGACCGAGAUCGGGAGAGUUAUACGAGUUUGCUUUUUGGGUUUUCUCGCGACGGGCGAACUCAGGAAGCAACUAAACUCUUUUUGAAUAUUCAUCGUUUGGGAAUGGAGAUGGACUGCUCAACCUUUUCCUCUGUUAUAAAAGUUUCUGCUACUCUGUGUGAUGAGCUUUUUGGUAGACAGUUGCAUUGUCAGUGUGUAAAGUUUGGGUUUUUAGAUGAUGUGAGCGUGGGAACAUCGCUGGUUGAUACAUAUAUGAAAGGAAGUAACUUUAAAGAUGGAAGGAAUGUUUUUUAUGAAAUGAAAGAGAGAAAUGUUGUUACUUGGACUACAUUGAUAAGUGGGUAUGCUCGGAACUCGAUGAGUGAGGAAGUUUUGACAUUGUUUAUGAGAAUGCAAGGCGAAGGAACUCAGCCGAACUCGUUUACUUACGCAGCUGCUCUUGGAGUUUUGGCUGAGGAAGGAGUGGGUGGGAGGGGAACUCAGGUACACACAGUUGUUGUAAAGAAUGGUUUAGAUAAAACGAUUCCGGUGUCUAAUUCUCUGAUUAAUCUGUAUCUCAAGUGUGGGAAUGUUAGAAAAGCUAGAGUUUUGUUUGAUAAAACAGAAGUUAAGAGUGUGGUUACUUGGAAUAGUAUGAUUUCAGGAUAUGCAUCAAAUGGGCUUGAUUUAGAAGCGUUGGGAAUGUUUUACUCUAUGAGGCUUAAUCAUGUGCGGUUAUCUGAAUCUAGCUUUGCUUCCAUUAUUAAGCUGUGUGCUAACCUCAAAGAACUGAGAUUCACAGAGCAGCUCCAUUGCAGUGUUGUGAAAUACGGGUUUGUGUUUGAUCAAAAUGUAAGGACGGCUCUAAUGGUGGCUUAUAGUAAAUGUAUGGCGAUGGUUGAUGCUCUUAGGUUGUUCAAAGAGACAGGAUCCCUCGGGAAUGUUGUGACAUGGACAGCGAUGAUUAGUGGUUUUUUGCAGAAUGAUGGGAAAGAGGAAGCAGUGGAUUUAUUUUCGGAAAUGAAGAGGAAAGGUGUUAGGCCGAACGAAUUCACUUAUUCUGUCAUUCUCACAGCUCUUCCUGUAAUUUCUCCAUCAGAGGUCCACGCACAAGUUGUAAAGACUAACUACGAGAGGUCUUCAACCGUUGGAACCGCUCUUUUAGAUGCUUAUGUGAAGUUAGGUAAAGUAGAUGAGGCUGCAAAAGUUUUUAGUGGUAUUGAUGAUAAAGACAUUGUGGCUUGGUCAGCGAUGCUUGCAGGAUAUGCUCAGACCGGAGAGACGGAGGCAGCUAUUAAGAUGUUUAGUAAGCUCACAAAGGGAGGGGUGAAACCGAAUGAGUUUACAUUCUCUAGCAUCCUUAACGUGUGUGNGUUAAGCUGUGUGCUAACUUAA